GUGUCAAAGAGAGUUUGUUAAGGUUAUGUGAAUUGUGUAUUUGUUUUCCCUAAAGGUUUUCAAAUGUUAGGCAUUUAAAAUUUUAUGAAAUGAUAACUUCCGUUCUUCCCUAAGUUGUGAGUUAGAUCUUUAUUAAGAUUAGUAGAUUGUAAUAAUAAAUCAGACACUAUCUAGGCAUUUGAUAAAACUGACCCCGAGAACCUGAACUGAAUCACUUAUCUCAAUUUUUAAUUAAGAGAUAAUUCUUACCUUUAAAAAUACUUUACGUUUUUAAAAACCAUCAUUUAUACAACCAAGACAGAUAGGCUUAAAUUCAAUUGUAGCUAUGUCGUCUAAACGUAAACUUGAUGAAAUGCUUGAAACAGAGUCUAAACGUAAACUAGAUGAAAUGCUUGAAACGGAUUGGAGAAGCAAACCCAUUCAAGAGACAAAACAUUCUUUGGAUUCUGAUGAAGAUGAUGAUGAUAAUGGAAAAGCUUAUGACAUUCUUGAUGAUGAACAGAUCGAAGGUCAAGAAGAUGGUGUUGCUGGAUUUGAAGGUGGUAUUCAGAUUACACCUUUUAAUAUGAAAGAGGAAAUGGAAGAAGGCCACUUUGACACAGACGGUAUGUAUCAUUGGAAGAAAGAUGAGAAAUUAAUCAAGGAUAAUUGGCUGGAAAAUAUUAACUGGGCAAAAAUUCACACAAAGAAAGAAAAAGACAGUGAACUUCAAGAUGAUGACAGUAAUGACUUGCCGUCUAGUGCCCCUAAGAAAUUUGAUGAUAUUUCUGUUUACAAGGAGAUGCUACCUUUUAUGAAACCCAAGGAAACAGUAUCAAAAACUCUUCGAAGACUCGCUGGCAAUAAAACAGUGUCUACUGCAGAAAGAUGGAAACGCAAGAAAGCAGGAAUCGACUCAACAAAGGAAGAAGAGGAGUCAAAAGAAAGAGUUUCCAAGUUAACUGAAUUAGCUAACAAGAUACUUCAAAAUCUUGGUAAUAUGGAUGUUUAUCAAGAAUCGUAUGAGUAUAUAUUAGAAAAAGUAGAAGCAGCCUCCAAGAAGGAAAGUGCAGCGAAGGCACCAGAGCUUGACAUGUAUGCUGAUGAUUUUGAUUCAAAAGAAAAGGAAAGGCUAGAUACAAAGGAGUCAGGGAUGGAGUCUAAAACAGAACCAGCUAAACCUCCAGAAGACUCUGGUGAUGUAACUUGGGAAUAUAAACUAGAGAAAGAAAGUGCAGAAAUAAGUGGACCCCAUACAUCUGAGCAGAUGUUAAAAUGGACAGAAGAUGGGACUUUCAAGAGUGAAGUAUGGGUCCGUAAGUGUGGGCAGAAUGAGUUUUACAGUUCAAGAAGAAUCGAUUUUGAUUUGUACAUUUAAACACACUUUAACUGACUGUAGAUGAGAACUAUUAAAUAGCCUACUGUACAUCUUAUUAUGCUUUGUAAGUAAAUACUAACUAUUCAACCCUU